AUGGGUGUGAAGCUGCUGGAGUCCCGACUUUGUCUCCUGCUGCUGCUGCUGGCACUUGUCAUUGUGGUGGCCUCACUCCAGAUCCCACCGAAUUUAACCCCGUCCCAGUGGUUUGAAAUCCAGCAUGUAACUAUGACCAGCCCCCGAUGUAACGUUGCAAUGAGGAGUGUUAACCGGCAUACAGGACAAUGCAAGAACUUAAAUACUUUCCUUCACACGAGUUUUGCUGCUGUUGUUGGUGUGUGUGGCAGUGUAAAUACUACUUGUCAUAAUGGUCGUACAAAUUGUCAUAAUAGUUCAACUCAGGUAUCCUUAACAUUCUGUAACCUCACAGCUCCAGGACUAAAUUAUACACAAUGCCAAUACCAAACGACCCAGGCAAGGAAGUUCUACAGAGUUGCUUGUGACUAUAGAACGCCACGGGACAAUCAUACCUAUCUAGUGGUUCCCGUUCACUUGGAUGGGAUAUUUUAG